GCACAUUCAAACGUCAAACCAAAUGCAAUGUAUUUGUAUUGGUUGGUGCAAUCAUUGGAUUUGUUGUUAUUGAAGUGACAUUUGCAAAUCGUGUGAAAUUGAUACUGUCAUUUUAGCGUCUGUAAACUAAAAAAAUCAAUUCGUUGCGGCAAGUAUAAGCCUUUGUGGUGAAAUUAAAGCAUAAUUGGUUUUAAUCGAAAUACAAUCAACAAGAUUUGCAAUAUUUUUUGGUGUAAAAUGGAUGUUGAGCAGUUGAACAUUGAAAUUGGUGUAUUUUUAAAACGAUUGCGCAUGUAUUCCGAACGGAAGAAUGCUCAAAUCAAUGAAAAAACAGUCGAACUGCUCUCAGAUGCGGUAUUACAUAUUGAUUACUUAAUUACGAAUGCCGAAAUAAUUGCAACGGCAGAACAUGACAGCGUUAAAUUCCUUUUCGAUUUGAAUGAGCAACAAUUCGAUCUGCGCCAGUAUAUCGUGUGCCGUUUGUGUGUUGAACAAAUUGGCCUGUCCAAAGAUGAUCUUGAAGCACAUUUGCAAAGAAAUAUCCAUGCGCAUAAACAACAUCAGCAAGCCAUGGUUAAUGGCAAUGGUCUGCCAGCAAUUGCAACCAAUCGAAAGGCCAGUGUCGAAACGAACGGAGCAAAAGACAUGACAAUGGAUUCUGAAUACAAAACGGUUGAUAAAAAUACAAAAUAUCCAGUCACUAUGGGCUUCAUGACAGGAGGCUACAUUAAAGUCGAAGAAACUCCGUCCGUGGUCAAAGUUGUCGGUGAUUCCGGAUCGGCAAGCAAAACAAAAGAGCCAGCUCAAUUCGACUAUGACUCAACAUACUUGAUUCGAGCUAGUAAAAUUCCAUGGGUCGCAACGAAAGAGGAGAUUCUGGACUUUUUCGAUGAUAUUAACAUUUUGAAUGGCAUAAAUGGCAUUCAUUUCAUAGUCGACAAGACAAAGAACAGCUGUAAUGAUGCCCUCAUCCAAUUGGCGAGUGAAAAAGAUUAUCGAUUGGCCAUGAAUCUUAAAGUGAUUCGCAUGGGUUUUUCAUCCGUCAAAAUAUCACAGGCCAACAUGAUUGAAUUCAUAUUUUUGAUAAGCAAAUCAAGUUAUCCAGCGGAACAACGCGCUUUGAGGCUCGAAAAUCUGCCACCAAACUGUUCUACGAUGGAAAUAAAGAAUUAUUUCAAUGGUUGCACAAUCUUGAAAGUUCAUUUGGUGCUGGAUAAAUCGCAGCGGCAAACUGGUGAAGCAUUUGUUAUGUUUGCAAACAUUUACGAAGUGGAGUUGGCCUUGCGCCAAAUGGACGGCAAAAAAAUUCGCAAAACUCUUGUGAAAGCAUUCCGAAGUUCCGAGGAACAAUUCCGUCACUACUGUGAUAACGCAUCAGUAACGGCAUAUCAAAAUCCGCAAAUUGUGCCGAAUUCCAUGCCAAUUCGUGUGAAUUCAGUUCCAGAUUUGUCUCCAAAAAAGAGGGCAAUUCACAGUUCAACAAUCAGUUUGAAAAUGGACGAUGGUGUAUAUCGAAUUUUGGCUCGAGGUUUUCCAUGGCAAGUGAAACCAGAAGAUGUCAGCGCAUUUUUCCAAAAUGUCAUCAUUGUUGGCGGUAGAAAUGGCAUUCAUAUAAAGAAGAAUGGUGCAAUGGAAGCCACAUUCUUUGUCAGUUCAAAGGAAUUCUUGAACAAGGCACUAGCGCAUGACAAGCAACAAUACGACUCACGCACGAUUCAUGUCUCCCAGAUACUAUAAUCAUAAAAUCAUCAAACUUCAUACAUUAAGGCGCACACCGUCAAUGAAAGCCUAUCGUCGAUAGGAAGCCAAAAGGAGAAAGUAUUCGUAUCACUGUUGCACACAGAUAACGGGCACGGGUUACUUACUUCAUUCGUUGAUAAUGCAUAAGUGCCAAAUAUAUAUUCUCUAAACCAUAUUUUCAACCAUGUUAAGGCGAUCUCUAUGAAAAGAUUAUAAGCUGUAUCGACUUGAACAAAAAUCAUACUUAAUUUUUCCAUAUAUUGUAGUGGGUUGGUAAUAUUGAAUCAAUUGUUAAGCACUCAAUAUUUUAUAAUUCAUAUCAAGAAAAAAUAUUCCGUAAUACAUUUACCAUAAAUACCAAAUAUUCUCAUUUCUUUUAAUAAACAGUAGAAUUUUAUUAGAAAAAUUACUAAAAAAAAAACGAUACAAACCAACGUUUUCUCCAAAUCUGAAAAGAAAAUCAUUUGAAUGGAUUGAAUAAAAAAUCAAUUUGUUUAAAUUA